AUGAAGGUGCAGAAUCUCUCUGUGCUGGUGAUUACAACGGUCUCCCUGCGGCUGGCUGUAGCUGAUCUCUGCCCCAGUCUGUGUGAGUGCUCAGAGUGGAAUAUUUUCCAGAUAACCUGUAAAUUCAUCGAUCACAUCCCGCCCUUUCCCCAGAACACCGAGAAAAUUCGAUUCAUGGAGACUCAACUCAAGACCAUCCCCUCUGAAGCUUUUACAAAGCUCCCAAACAUUUCGAGGAUAUACAUUUCCAUCGAUGCAGUACUUCAGAAAGUGGAUGCACAUGCAUUCUUCAAUUUGGAUAAAGUCACACACAUAGAGAUACGGAACACGAAGAGCUUGAGUCACAUUGACCCAGAUGCUUUCAAGAAUCUUCCAGUUCUGAAAUACUUGGGCAUUUUCAACACCGGGCUGAACACAUUUCCAGACCUGACGAAAAUUUGUUCCACUGACGUGAACUUCCUGCUAGAAAUUGCUGACAAUCCCUUCAUUUCUACCAUCCCUGCAAAUGCCUUCGAUGGGUUGUCCAAUGAGUCACUAACUCUUUACCUGCACAAGAACAAGCUGUUGUCAUCUUUCAACGAGGAUGUCUUUGCAGGAGUCCUGAGUGGACCCACUCUGCUUGAUGUUUCUCAGUCCAGUGUCCACUCCCUCCCAAGCAAAGGACUGGAGCCACUGAAGGAAUUAAUGGCAAAGAAUACAUGGACAUUGAAGAGACUGCCUCCUCUGAAGACCUUCCUUCACCUCACCAGAGCUGACCUCACGUACCCGAGUCACUGCUGUGCUUUUAAGAACUGGAAGAAAAACAAAGGGCUUUUAGAGUCAAUAAUGUGCAACCACAGCACUGGUCAUGGUUUCCGGCAGAGAAGAUCCUUCAGGUUAUACAAUGGCCUCUUACACCGUGAUUACACUGAGGAUAACAACGCAGCUCACUCCUCCAACCAGGCUUCCAAGCUCCACGAUUUCCAUAGCAACUCUCACUAUUACGUCUUCUUCGAGGAACAAGGAGAUGGAGAUGUUGGGUUUGGCCAAGAGCUGAAGAACCCUCAAGAGGACCACGUGCAAGCUUUUGACAAUCAUUAUGACUACAUGGUGUGUGGAGGUAAUGAGGAGAUUGUCUGCAAGCCUGAGCCAGACGAAUUUAACCCUUGCGAGGACAUCUUGGGCUACAACUCUUUAAGAAUCAUUGUGUGGUUUGUUAACCUGUUGGCCAUUUUGGGCAACACCUUUGUGCUCUUGAUCCUCCUGACGAGUCACUACAAGCUGACGGUGCCUCGUUUUCUGAUGUGUAACCUGGCAGUGGCUGACUUCUGCAUGGGGGUUUACUUGCUGCUGAUCACCUCAGUGGACCUUUAUACCAGGACUGAGUAUUACAACCAUGCCAUCGACUGGCAGACGGGGCCAGGGUGCAAAACCGCUGGGUUCUUCACAGUCUUUGCCAGUGAGUUCUCGGUCUACACGCUCACCGUAAUCACACUGGAGCGCUGGUACGCGAUCAACUUCGCCAUGCGGUUGGACAGGAAGAUGCGGCUGCGGCAUGCCACCGUUGUCAUGGUGGGCGGAUGGGUGCUCUGCUUCACCUUAGCCCUUCUGCCCAUUUUAGGAGUCAGCAGCUACAUUAAGGUUAGCAUCUGCCUGCCAAUGGACACAGAGAGCCAGUUAGCUCAGGGCUACCUCGUCUUCGUCCUGUUGGCCAACGUCUUGGCAUUUGUCAUCAUCUGCGCCUGCUACGUCAAGAUCUACAUCACGGUAAAGAACCCGCACUACAAAUCUGGCAGCAAAGACACAAAAAUGGCCAAACGCAUGGCAGUCCUGAUCUUCACCAACUUCACCUGCAUGGCCCCCAUCUCUUUCUACGCGCUGUCUGCCAUCUUGAACAAGCCGCUGAUCACUGUGACCAACUCCAAGAUUCUGCUAGUCCUCUUCUACCCACUCAAUUCCUGCGCCAACCCUUUCCUCUACGUAAUCUUUACCAAGGCUUUCCGUCGUGACGUCUUUAUCUUGCUGAGCAAGGUGGGUCUCUGCCAACACCGGGCCCAGCUCUACCGGGGGCAGGCUCUCUCUGGCAAGAACGGUGGCGGUCUCACCGGGAACCGGGACGGCAGAGGGGUGCCUGUCAAUCUUGCCAAGGCCAGCCACCCCUCGUGUGGCCCUCACCAACACCCCAGUAACUGCGGGCUAUCAAAAACUGCUACCAGAGGUUGUAAUGUGAGUGAACUGUGA